AUGGCCCAGGCGCGCAGCUCUAGGUCCCUAGGGCGACAGAGCGGGACCCGGAGGGAUGCUAAAGCAGCGCUGCUCCUUCAGGGCCGAGAAGGCGGCACAGUGUUGCAAGCGAACAGCUCAGCAUCCGCAGCAACAUCCCGCAGCCAGAGGCGCGGGUUUAAAUGCCCUGCCUUGCAGGAAGCCGGCUCGCAGAGGAAGUACCCGAGUAUUGGCAAGUUCGGGCCGGCGCAACGAAAUCUGUCGGGCGACGCUGGUCAGGGCGUCGCCAUGUUUGUGGGCAGGCGCUCAGCUCAGGACCGCGGCAGCUGCAUGGGAAGGGAUGCAGUCCAGUGGGAAAACUCUGGGAAGAGGAAGUCGGGAAGGAAAAACUUGGUGGGGAGCUCUUCUUAGCUCCCCAAAGAGGACUAUGAGACCUUGCUGGAAAGCUGCCUGAGAAACCACUAUCUCUUUGAAGACAUCAGCUUUCCAGCCACCCUGAGCUCCAUCCAUCAUGGGUCCUUACUACAGAAGCUGCCAGCCCACCUACAGUGGAGGAGGCCUCCAGAGUUGCACAGCAAUCCCCAGUUCUAUUCUGCCAAGGCCAAAAGGCUGGAUCUGGGCCAGGAAAUGGUAGGAAGCAGACUCUGUGGCUCCUAUGAAGAUUUGCAGUCUGGACAGGUGUCUGAAGCCCUUGUGGACUUCACUGGGGGGUGGGAGGAGCGACAUUGACCUGGCAACCUGUGGGACAUCCUAACCCAAGGUACCUACAGCAGAACCCUCGUUGGCUGCCAGACCCACUCAGGGGAAGAGAGAGUGCUGGAGAAUGAGCUAGUGUAUGGUCAUGCCUAUACACUCACAGGAUCCAGAAAGUGGGUGACCUACAGAUAUUGACCCAAAUAUCUAGUCAAGCUGCAGAAGCCCUGGGGGAAGGUAGAAUGGAAAGGAGACUGGAGUGACAGCUCAAAUAUAUGGGAGCUGCUGUGUCCCAAAGUGAAGAUUCUGCAGCAGAGGAAAGGUGAAGAUGGAGAAUUCUGGAUGAUAUUGCAGGACUUUAAAGCAUAUCUUGUGCUUCUGGUCAUCUAUAAACUGACUCCAAGCUUGUUGAAUAUGGAGGCUGGCCAGAGGUGGACAUACACCAUACAAGAGGGGAGAUGGGUCAAGGGGAGCACAGCUGAUGACAGGCUGAAGCCGUCCUGAGACACAUUUUGGAAGAACCCACAAUUCCUGCUGUCUGUCUAGAAGCCCAAGUUGGGCAGGAAGCCCCUACAUCCCUGCAGUGUGCUGGUACCUCUGCUCCAGAAGACCAGAAACAAGCACCGGAAUCAGAAAUGGCAUCUUGUCAUUGGAUUCUACAUCUUCACGUCACAGUACUAUGGUGACCUAAAGAAAAUUCCCUCUGAAUUCUUUUGGGAAAAUGCUCCCCUGAGUCAAUCUGUGACAUUUCAAACAGAGAAAGAAGUAAGCCAAGAGUUGUGGCUAGACCCAGUAACAUACCUCAUCGUGCCCUGCACAUUUGAGGCCAACCAGGAGGUGGAGUUCAUCUUUAGGGUCUUCUCCAGAAAGCACAGCUUUUAGGAAAUUGGCAGCCAUUCCAAUGUUGUCUUCUCUCAGGAAAUAGUAGAGCAAAAUGAAGGGCAGGAUGAAUUCCUCACCAAGCUCUUUGAAAAGAUAAAUCUGAGUAGCCAGAAGACCAGAUAUCCAGAAAUAACUACACUCCAACUGAAGAAGAUCCUGAACCAGAGGACCUGGUCAAAACUGGGAAGCAUACUGCCCCUCUUCAGCCUCGAUGCCUGCCAGGUGAUCCUGACCCUACUGGACUUAUCUUUCAGUUUUGAGGCUGUGUUCAGUGCAGGCAUGGUGCUCAGUGAUGAUGUCUGCAAGCUGAUGCUCAUCUAUGGCGACCCCAAUCUCUGGCUUGACUUUGUGAGCUCUGUUUACCUGAUGCUUCAUGCCAAGAACAUGGAAGAUGCUUUCCAAAACUUGACCCAAGAUGACAAAGGAAUAGACCUCCAGAAGCCAGAGAGGCAGCAUCACAAAGCGCUGAGCAGUGGACUACAGUGUUGCCGAGAUGCAGCCCUUGCCUGGAGCUGA